GAUGACUUGAGCCGCGCGGGGCAGUUGAGAAUUUGUAGCGACUAUAAAAACAAAUUUGCAAAAAUUUCUAUCAGUCAGUUACGGUGGAUCUACUGCGGUGGUAACAUACAUCCAGAGGUAGUGGCUGACCAGUGCCUUGUCCUGGAUCGAACAUCCUCUGGUUCCUUUCAAAUGGAUUAAUCCCGUCUCAUCGGUCAUGGACUAUUCUUAACAGUGAAUGGUGGCUUCAAAGCUAAAUUUGUGAUUCGGAAGGAAGAAUUAUUCAAGAAUAUUCAAACCAGUUAUCCUGAAGUGAUUUUCGAACGGCAACGAAAAGCCUACAAAUUGUGAUAGUUGAAAUACCGAAUACCGGAAUUUUCCUAGUGAGUGAUACAAGAACCAAAAAUUUGAAAAAAUGUCCGCGACCGUUGCACCGGCGGACCCGUUGAUGGCGAACGCCAACAUUGCGUCGCCCAUGAAUGUGUUUUACUUCCUGCUUGCGCCGGCUUUGCUCCUGUGGUUCAUCUACUGGCGGAUAUCCCGGCAACAUAUGCUGAAGCUGGCGGAAAAAAUACCUGGCCCCCCUGGAUUACCCCUGCUUGGAAACGCGUUGGAGCUGAUUGGAACUUCUCAUUCCGUCUUCCGCAACGUUAUCGAGAAAGGAAAGGACUUCAACCAGGUCAUCAAAAUCUGGAUCGGUCCGAAGUUGAUCGUCUUCCUGGUGGAUCCACGUGAUGUGGAACUGCUGCUCAGCAGUCACGUGUACAUCGACAAAUCUCCGGAAUACCGUUUCUUCAAGCCUUGGCUGGGAAAUGGACUGCUCAUCAGUACAGGUCACAAAUGGCGUCAGCACCGCAAGCUCAUCGCUCCCACCUUCCAUUUGAACGUGCUCAAGAGCUUCAUCGAUUUGUUCAAUGAAAACUCCCGACUGGUGGUGGAGAAGAUGCACAAGGAAGCCGGCAAAACGUUCGAUUGCCACGACUACAUGAGCGAAUGUACGGUGGAAAUCCUUCUCGAAACCGCCAUGGGCGUUUCCAAGAAGACUCAAGACCAAUCCGGAUUCGACUACGCUAUGGCUGUCAUGAAGAUGUGCGAUAUUCUGCAUCUGCGUCAUCGUAAGAUGUGGCUCUAUCCGGAUCUCUUCUUCAACAUGUCUCAGUAUGCCAAGCGACAGGUCAAACUCCUGGACACCAUCCACAGUCUGACGCGCAAGGUCAUCCGUAACAAGAAGGCCGCCUUUGCUACCGGAACCCGAGGAUCGCUAGCCGAAACUUCCAUCAAGACCGCCGAAUUCGAAAAACCAAAAUCCAACAUCAACACCAGCACCGUGGAAGGAUUAUCGUUCGGUCAAUCGGCCAACCUGAAGGAUGAUUUGGACGUCGAUGAGAAUGAUGUCGGAGAGAAGAAGCGAUUGGCUUUCUUGGAUCUGCUGUUGGAAAGUGCAGAAAACGGUGCUCUAAUUUCGGAUGAAGAAAUCAAGAACCAGGUCGACACCAUUAUGUUCGAGGGUCACGACACAACCGCAGCCGGAAGUAGCUUCUUCCUGUCGAUGAUGGGAAUCCACCAGCACAUUCAGGACAAAGUCAUUCAAGAACUGGACGACAUCUUCGGAGACUCGGAUCGACCGGCCACAUUCCAGGACACUUUGGAGAUGAAAUACCUCGAGCGAUGCUUGAUGGAAACGUUGCGAAUGUAUCCCCCGGUACCAAUUAUUGCGAGAUCUUUGAAACAGGACUUGAAGCUGGCAUCCAGCGAUAUAGUUGUACCAUCUGGUGCCACCAUUGUCGUUGCUACCUACAAACUGCACCGACUUGAAACUAUCUACCCGAAUCCCAACGUGUUUGACCCAGAUAACUUCCUCCCCGAACGACAGGCCAACCGUCACUACUACGCAUUCGUACCUUUCUCUGCUGGACCCAGAAGUUGUGUUGGUCGCAAGUACGCCAUGCUCAAGCUGAAGGUCAUCCUUUCCACCAUUCUGCGAAACUUCCGCGUAAUCUCGGACCUCAAAGAAGAAGACUUCAAACUACAGGCUGAUAUCAUUCUGAAGCGAGAGGAAGGCUUCCAGAUCCGUCUGGAGCCCCGCCAGCGCAAACCAAAAGCGGCGAAAGCCUGAAGCAAACACAAAAUCAAUUGCAUCAGUUAAGAGUUAAUGUAAUGUAAAGAAAAUCAAAACUUAAAAGCUCCGGGUCACCAACGCCUGGAACCAACCAUUCAUAGAGUGACGAGGAAGAAUGUCUACACCAUGAUACCAUAUAAUAUUUACGGCGCAUUCAUAAUUUAACAGACACGUUGGUUGACCAGAAUGACAUGAUUACAUGUAAGAGCCUAAUCGAUUGAUUAGAUCACCGAUACGUAAGGGGAAUAGAACUUAUUUUAUUGAAUUAGGAUUUACACUUUGAUGAAGCUUGUAUGUGUGUGAUUUAAUACAAACGGAAAAAUAAAUAUGAAACCAAG